CCUGCGAACCGGAAGUGAUUUACAUGUGUUUUGAGAAUUUUGAAGAAUCUCAUGGCUGCAUUUGGUGUGCAUUUUGGUUCGACUUCAGCUUGUCUUGCUGUUUACAAAGAUGGUAAAACAGAUGUGGUAGCAAAUGACCUGGGAGAUAGAGUAACUCCUUGUAUUGUAGCAUUCACUGACCAUGAUCAGGCAGUUGGAAGUGCAGCAAAACAAGGAAAGAUAAGGAAUGCCCACAAUACUGUUUGUAAUGUAAAACAGAUUCUAGGAAGAAGCAGUGAUGAUCAACUAUUACAGCAAUAUAUGGACAAUUCUCCUGUUAAGAUGAUAUUACAAGAUGAUGAACCAGUUUUCCAAGUAGAACACAAAGGACAGCCCAAAGAUGUCACUCCUUCUAAAAUAGCAGAAGCCAUAUAUCUACGUAUGUUAGAGACAGCACGAAGUCAUGGUGACGGAGAUAUUCAUGAUUCUGUGUUAGCUGUUCCAUGUGAUUUUUCAGAGGACCAAAAACAGGCUAUUAGUGAGAGUGCCAAUGCAGCUGGAUUUUCUGUGUUAAGAACAGUAUCAGAACCUGUGUCAGCCCUUUUAUCAUAUGAUAUUGGACAGACAGAUAAUACUCUAGAAUGCAAUGUUUUAGUAAUCCGUAUUGGCGGAGAAUCUACAGAUGUCUCAAUUGUUAAAGUACAAAAUGGUUUAUACAGAGUAUUUUGUUCCCAGAAUUCCACAGCAGUGGCAGGAAGUAAAUUUACAGACAGUCUCACAGAUUACUUAGCAACAGAAUUUUAUAAAAAAUACAAAUUAGAUGUGAAAGAAAGCAGACGAUCACUGAAAAAGCUCCGUUUGGAAGCAGAAAAUGUUAAACAUACAUUAUCUACACUUGGUAAUGCCCAAUGUGCUGUUGAUUCAUUAUUUGAAGGGGUAGACUUCCAUUGUCAGGUUUCAAGAGCCAGAUUUGAAAGUCUAAUAUCGUCAUUAGUACAGCAGUGUCCCUCUCUGAUAGAUGGCUUAUGUUCUACUGCAGAUAUUGCAAAAACAGAUAUCCAGAAGGUUAUAAUGUGUGGUGGAGGAACGAAAAUUCCAUUUGUACAAAAAAUAAUAACUGAUGCAUUACCUAAUGCAGAAAUUCUUAAUUCUAUACCUCCAGAUGAAGUCAUAGCAAUUGGUGCAGCUAAACAGGCAGCUAUACUAACUGGAAGUGAUGAAACUGAUAUUAAAGUGAAUUUUGAACAAAGUGAAGUUGAAUGUCUGAAAAAAUCUAUAUGUGUAAAGGCAGCUAAUGAGUCUACAUGCCAACUUUAUCCAGUCUUUCCAUCUUUAACACCAUUUCCAUGUCGAAAACAUGAAACUGUCACCUUACCAAGUAACCAGACAUCUUUCAAACUAGAGCUGUGUGAAUGUAGUAAUAAUAAUUCUGUGGAUGCAGAUCUGGGAAAACUUGUAAUGCAGGAUCUACCCAAAUCAGCAGUAGUAUCAAUAGUUUUCCAUCUCAGAAGGGAUGGGUCAUUACAUGUUACAUGUAAAGAGGAAAGUUCACAAAAGACAGUCUCAAUUACAGUUGAAGUUCAAAGUUGACAACCAGCUGAUGAUUAAAACAUAACAAUUAUAUAUUAAGUUAUUGCUUUGAUGGAGAUCCGUCAUUAUCUGAUUUACAGUUGUACGUGGAUUGCAGUAUUACGUUUGUUAAUGAUAUUCAUCUUUUUAUACAAAGUUUUAUUUCCCCAAAGUUAUUCUAAUUGAUUAUACUAGAGAUACACCCAUGUUUAGUACUUUUAUACAAUACUGACUUAUAAAGAUAAGAGCUAUAGAUAAGAUAACUGAAAGAAAUAUAAAGAAAGACCAAAAUCA